CCUAAACAGGGCCUCUGAAGGUCUUCUGGCCGGCCAUUUUUUUCUGGAGACCAUGACUCAACUAGGAUGGGGGUUGCUGUUCCUGGGCCUCAUGGCCAUGGCUAAAGGACUUCGGAAAGGGAAUGAUCUGCUCAAUGUCUGCAUGGAUUCUAAGCACCACAAGUUCCAGCCUGGCCCAGAAGAUGUCCUUCAUAACCAGUGUAGCCCAUGGAAGAAGAGAGCCUGCUGCACAGCAAACAGCAGUGUUGCCAUUCACAAAGAUGAUGCCUCCUCCCUGUACAGCUUCAACUAUAACCACUGCGGGAUGAUGACCCCAGCCUGCAAACGCCACUUUAUCCAGGACACAUGUCUCUAUGAGUGUUCCCCCAACCUAGGACCCUGGAUCCAGCCGGUGGCCUCAAGUUGGAGGAAGGAACGGAUUCUGAAUGUUCCCCUGUGCAUGGAGGAUUGUAACCAGUGGUGGGAGGACUGUCAAACUUCAUACACCUGCAAAGAGAACUGGCAGAAAGGUUGGAAUUGGACUUCAGGGAUUAACGAGUGCCCAACUAAGGCUGCCUGCCACCCUUUCCCAUUUUACUUCCCAACACCAGCCUCCCUAUGUGAGAAUAUUUGGAAUCAUUCUUACAGAGUAAGCUCUUUUAGUCGGGGCAGUGGCAAAUGUAUCCAGAUGUGGUUUGAUCCAGCCCAGGGAAACCCCAAUGAAGCUGUGGCUAAAUACUAUGCUUUUGGCUCUGCCCCAGGCAUCUUCAGUUGGAAGGCCAGUUUCCCCUUCUUGAUUUUGACACUGCUGUUGCUUCUCUGGGCUUAACCCUCAUCAGCAAAGAAAUCUCACCAAUCUACAUGUAAAACCAUAGCCAAAAUUACUCCCAGUGUGAGACCC